AUGGCAACUGAACACGAGAGAGACAAGCAAAUUGGACAAGAGGAAGAGGAAGAGGAAGAGGAAGAAGAGUAUGUCUUGCUAGAGUUGGAUGGUUGUCUCCAUUCCAACAUUCAACCAGAUGCCCCUUAUAUACUCUCUGUUUUGGAUACACCGACCCCUAACUUGAUAGUAGGUCGCGGCGUGAACAUGAUUGGAGAGUAUGAAGAAACGGUCGGCACAUAUUAUUUAUUUUCGGAAAGUGAUGCUCCAUCAAAACCAGUUCAUGAUCGGACUGUACCUCUCAAAGUAAAUAAGGAUAAGCUAGGCAGCAGUUGUAAGGAAGGACCAUCCAAGGAGGUGAAACAUCUCGCAAGCGUUCAAAAGAUCCUCAAAUUCCAGUCGAUCAACGAGGAUCAUCAUGAGCACAGAGCAUAUCAGCAUAAGGAUAAGGAGUUCUCCUUUGACCCUUCAAAUAGAAUGUAG